AUGUCCAAACCAAACCCUAACAUUUCGUUACCCAAACCACCACCGCCCUCGUCUCUCGCUAAUCCCACCAACUCGCUCAUCAUGACUCAGGACCAACUCGUCGACUCCCUCACAGCCCAUAUCUCCCUCUACCAUUCCCAAUCCCAAUCCCAAUCCCAGUCCUCCAACCCUAAUCCCAGUUCUCGAUCUGCUAUCCUGCAAUGGUUUUCCUCCCUCUCCGUUGCUCAGCGCCAGGCUCACCUCACCAUCGUCGAUCCCAAAUUCACCCAGCUCUUGAUUCAAAUGCUCGGAAAGCUACGGACAAAUGGUUACGGCCGCUUCAUCAUCCUGCCAGACCUUCCUUCCGACGAUCUCCCAAGCCUCUGCUACAAGAAGUCCACUGGUCUCUUAUCACGGACUGCCGAGUCCAACCAUUCGGAAAGGUUAGUUUUCGAGUCCACUCGGCUUUUUGGAUCGAGAGAAGGGGAAAAGCUGCAGGAUUGCUCGUGUUCAGUAAGUUGUUUGGAUUCCGUGACGGUGUGUAAAGAGUUCGUUGAGAACGUUGAUGAUUUUGUUCUCACCAUGGACACGGUGUCCAAUGGAGGGUUCUUGAGGAGUCCUGACAGUGAAUUGGGAGCAGAUUGGGUGGAAUUGGAGUGGCUGAAGGCGAGAGGCUAUUAUAGCAUUGAGGCUUUUAUUGUAAAUCAGCUGGAAGUCGCCCUUAGGCUUGCAUGGUUGAAUUCUGCUAAUGCUAAGAGACGAGGGGUGAAGUUGAAAGAGAAGUUGAGCACUGCAGGAGUUGCCGCCAAUGUGUUUUGGAGGAAGCAAGGCUGCUUAGACUGGUGGGCAAAAUUGGAUGCUGAAGUUAGAAGGAACAUCGUAACUGUUGCGCUUGGGAAAGCUUCCAAAGCAUUGACUCGUGAGAUUCUGAAGGAAGCUAGUAGUGUGCUAGAGGACCAGAGGUGGCUCUUUAGACAAGGAGGAGAACAACCAAUGCGACAUGUCUUUGAUGAAUCGUCACAAAAGAAUCUCCUAAACCGCUCAGCUGAUGUGGAAAUUGGGUUAUCCAUUCUGCCAGCUCCUGUUUUCGGGAAACCUGCUACCAUCUCUAACAUGUGUAAUAGCUUGUCCAUCAUCCGGGCUAUUGCCACCUUGAUAUCCUCACUCUGGUGUGGUGAUAGUGAUAUAUCAGCAGUGUUCUUUACCACUUUCAUUUCCGUCAGUACCAUAUCAGAUUGUAUCUUACGGAAGUUGCGAGGACUUUUUAUGGUCAUAUCGCUUGAGUACACAAAGCUUGAACUCUUGGAGGAGGGGACUUCUGUGCCUCCACAGAGCAAACGCAAGGAAAAACAGUCUGCCGUUGGCCAAACCAAAAAAGGGAAACCUCAGACUGUGAAAAAGCAGAAUCGUUUUCCAGAGAAUGGGCUGGCGAAAUCAUCCUUUUUGAAAUCAUUGAAGGAUGCUGCACCUGCCAUGUCUUGCACCGAGAAGGCAGACACUUUGGAAUGCACUAAUAAUCCUUGUGGGCAUGAUGCAGUGAAAAUUCAAGAACACUCCCAAGGGCCACUUCUUGGAAGAGGUCAGACCACUGCUAGGAAGAAGAAGAGAGGAAGAAGUAAACACAGGAAUUCCGGCUUCAGAACUAAAAUUGAAGUCACAUGUUCUGAAGGACUGAUUGAGGAACAUCAACCUGGCAUCAUCAAAUGCAUUGAUGAAACCAGGAAGCUUGAUGCGAUAACUGAGAAUUCAGUUGUCCAGAAUAUAUCUGAUGAAAGUUUAGCUGAUGACAGUGAUCUUGCAUUAAAUACAAGCUCGAAGAGUUCUGCUGAUGCAUCUUGUAUGGAGGAUGCCCAAGGUUCUAUGGUAAAUGGUGACGUUGGCAAAAUCUGUGGUGAGCUUCAUGGAGGUUCACUUCAUGACCAGACAAUCGACAAUUUGAGUAAGAUGGACAGUAUUGGAACAAAACCUCAUGAUAUUCUACCGUCGGGAAAUGGUAUUGUUUCCGGAAAUGUUGAUAGUAACUCUCGAAGCCAAAAGGCAAAUGGAAAAUUUCCUUUCGCUGACAAGCUACUGCAAAACCUCGAUGUCCAAGGAAAAUCAGCCAUGUUUCACAAAAGAGGGAAUGGAAAAUCUUCUGAUUCUGGACAUAUAGGACAUUCACAGUGCUUUCCUUCUGAAGGACCCAGUUUAGCCCAUGUAUAUUUUCCCUCAAUCAAUUCAAAUCUUCCACCUGCUACUGACCGACUGCACCUAGAUGUUGGCUUCACCUGGCAUAGCCGCAUUCGUCAACCUUUUGUACCAACAGUGCAUCAAGCUGGAAGCUCACCUGUUGAAGGUGGGUGCAAGCAGAUGAUCUCCCGACCUCUGCCAAUGAGUUUAGAUUGGCCUCCAAUGGUUAGACGUGCAUGUAGCUUAACUCCAUCCUUGACAUGCAACUAUGAUAAUGGCUUUAUCUCUAGAAGGCAAGCUGCUUUCCAGCAGGGCUUAGCUGGUCAAAGGGUACAGUUUAACACAAAUACCAUUGAUGAUAAUGGAAAUUAUGGAGAUAUUAUGGACUUGCCUGAAGGUACAAAUCGACAGGAACCAAUGGAUGAUUAUGAUCACUGGCUGUCAGAAGAAGAGAUUGAGGUUCAUGCUGUUUCUGGGAUAGACUACAAUCAAUAUUUUGGUGGUGGCGUAAUGUACUGGAACCCUUCUGAUUACCCAGUAACGGGAUUUUCUCGGCCUCCUUCACUUAGCUCAGAUGAUAGCUCAUGGGCAUGGCAUGAAGCUGACAUGAAUAGGACUGUCGAUGACAUGGUUGCCUUUUCAUCUUCGUAUAGUACAAAUAGUUUGACUUCACCAACAGCUGCUUCAUUUUGUUCUCCUUUUGACCCUUUAGGGACUGGACACCCUGCACUUGGUUAUGUAGUAUCAGGGAAUGAAGUAACUGGUAAAGUCCAAAAUUCCACAUCAAAGGACACAUCUGAGGAGGAGAAAGUAUCUGGAUCUUUGGCUAGUUCUUCUGGUGACACUGAAGGGAAAGUGGGAGAUGUCUUUCCGUACCCAAUUUUGCGUCCUAUCAUCAUUCCGAACAUCUCAAGAGACAAACCUAGAGCAGAUAUUAAGCAUGUCCUUGAGCAUAAAAGCCCAUGUAUUUCUCAUUCAAGGAGGGAACACCCUCGGAUAAAAAGGCCACCAUCACCAGUUGUGCUUUGCGUUCCCCGGGCUCCUCAUCCUCCUCCACCCUCUCCAGUGAGUGACUCAAGAAAACAACGGGGUUUUCCAACUGUUAGGUCUGGUAGUUCCAGUCCGAGACAUUGGGGAAUGAGAGGUUUCUAUCACGAUGGUAUUAACUUAGAUGAAGCACGUGUACGUAUGGACGGAACUGAAGUUGUUUGGCCUUCUUGGAGAAGUAAAAAUCUAGCGGCACGUCCUAUGGUUCAACCUCUUCCUGGAACUUUGUUGCAAGACCGUCUUAUUGCAAUAUCUCAGUUAGCUCGUGAUCAAGAGCAUCCAGAUGUGUCAUUUCCUCUUCAACCUCCUGAAUUGCAAAACUGUCCUGCAAAGAAAGCAGCUCUUUCUUUGAUGCAUGUGGUUCUUCAUGAUGAAAUAGAAAUUUUCUGCAAGCAGGUUGCUGCAGCAAAUAUUGCUCGUAAGCCAUUCAUUAAUUGGGCUGUUAAGCGAGUCGCUCGAUCUUUACAAGUAUUAUGGCCCAGAUCCAGAACUAAUGUCUUCGGAUCAAAUGCAACUGGCCUGUCCCUUCCAUCCAGUGAUGUGGACCUUGUCAUUUGUCUACCCCCAGUGAGGAAUUUGGAACCUAUAAAAGAAGCAGGAAUUUUGGAGGGUCGUAAUGGUAUUAAAGAAACUUGUCUGCAGCAUGCAGCCAGGUACCUUGCCAACCAGGAGUGGGUAAAGAGUGAUUCACUGAAAACCGUUGAAAAUACAGCUAUUCCCAUCAUCAUGCUUGUUGUGGAAGUUCCCAGUGAUCUGAGCUCCUCCAGUACCUCUGUUGUGCAGAAGGAGUGUAAAGCUUGUGCCAUAGAUCCUCAUCUAGAGUCUGAUAUCCUCAAUUCAGAGGAGUCAACUUCUCUGGAAUGUUCAGAGCCACAAUUUGAUGGCAUGAAGGAUGUCCAAUCAUUCCGUCUAGACAUUAGUUUCAAGUCUCCAUCUCACACUGGGCUUCAAACCACUGAGCUGGUGAAGGAGCUGACUGAACAGUUUCCAGCAGCUACUCCUCUUGCUUUGGUACUGAAAAAGUUCUUGGCAGAUCGUAGCCUUGAUCAAUCGUACUCCGGUGGCUUGAGUUCCUAUUGUUUGGUUAUAAUAAUCACACGCUUUUUACAGCACGAGCAUCAUCUCGGUCGGCCUGUUAAUCAAAACUUCGGUGGUCUGCUUAUGGACUUUCUUUAUUUCUUUGGGAAUGUGUUUGAUCCUCGUCAAAUGCGAAUCUCUGUGCAGGGUGCAGGCUUGUAUAUAACUAGGGAAAGAGGUCAAAGUAUUGAUCCUAUACACAUUGAUGAUCCUCUUUUUCCAACAAAUAAUGUGGGGAGGAACUGUUUUCGAAUACAUCAAUGUAUUAAGGCAUUCUCAGAAGCUUACUCAAUCUUGGAAAAUGAGCUUGCAUGCCUCCUUGAUGAGUGUAAGACAAGGUCGGUACCCCCAUAUCGACUGCUGCCAAAAAUCAUCCCAAGUAUUAGUUCACUAUAG